GAUAAGUUUUGUUUCGCACAGGAGAGAUUAUCUGCUACAGACAUCAAUACACUUUGCCUUAUUUUUGUACAAACUAAACAGUGAUUUUCACCGCUGUCUUGGCAUUACUAAACUGUGCUGAAGAGACCAUCAUGUAUCAGAAACUCUUUGCUUUGGUACUUGUCUAUUAUGUGGCUGAAAUGUCCAUGUCAUCUCAACUGCAAAGUCAGAGAGAGGACGUGAUGGGGACGUAUUUUCUUUUGAACAGAUAUCAGUGUGAACGACUUUGUUGGUACCGGAAACUGUGUAAGACCUACUCUUACAUCUACAACAGGACCCUGGCCACUGAUGGUAACUGUGUUCUACAUGCUUACAAUAUCACAUCAAACACAACAAGCGGGGUUUCUACAGACUGGGUCGAAAGGGAAUCUUUCUGGGAUAAAGGACUCCAAGACAACGGUUGUCGCAAUCGCACUUGUGAUGAUACCCAGGUGUGUGUGCCUACCUUUGCGUCGCCCUUCUACGCGUGUCUGCCUUUUCCUGCAGAAUGCAAAGCGCCCUCUCGAGAUGAUGGUGUCUACAGCAAUGUGACACUACUCCAGGGUCAAAGGACAAACUUCACGUGCAACUCGUCUCUAGUAUGGGCUCCACGUCACGCCGACAAAACGGUCACGUGUCAAGUCAACGGCAAGUACAGUGAGCUGAAAGGGACGUGUAAAAACACCACCUACUACUCACCGAGCGUUCCGUUUAACAAGCCAUUUCCGGACGUUGUAUCAAACGGAUGGGAAGCCUGCUUUAAGGGUAAUGUUACCAAAACAAAAGCAACACUGGAAAGAAUGACCUUCAACUUUCACGACAGACAGGAUGCUUCGUGUGAUUCCAGUCCCGCUGGUGGUGGCAACAUUUACCUUUGUCUUGAUUUCCGUUACGACUUUAAAAUUCAGCAAACAGUCGUUUUGUACACCGCUCUGAAUAACUGUUCCUGGUCCAGUCGUGGUGAAAUACCAAAUCUUCCUCUACACCUCAACGACUACUUUGAAAUUACUCUGAAGAUCUUGUUCAACAACACAAUGCAGAUUAUCUACAAAAAUCUCACAACCCAACAAGUCGACCUGGUGUCAAAAGACAUCCCCUUGACAAACGCCAUGUACUUGGAGAUUGUAAAUGAUGUCAGUCUUUCCUACGUCAACCUCGGCAGAGGAUGUGACUAG